CCACCUAAAAAUAAUGAAACACGCAGUGUUUGUAUGAUGCCAUUAAGAGUGGUCACCUUCUGAUUUGCCGUGAAUGCAGCAUUCUGUUUUGCUACGAAAUCACGGUAACAUUCAUAUGAAAACGUUCGUUAAUGACCUAAUGAGACUCUUAAGGGAACGUUCUCUAAAGUUGUAAUAACGUUUGUUCAAUAAUUAGGCUUACUUCAAGGAAACAAGGGAGGAAUGAAGGCUGCAUGCAAAAUAUUCUAACACGUCCCGGUGACUGGCUAAAGUCUAGCUACGUCAUCUGUUUCAAUGCCCUGGAUGGUUCAGCUGUCAAUCAUAUGGGUCCAAUAUGGACGACCUGGUAAUGCAGCAAAGCCCGUGUUAGGACUGGAGGGGCCAGAAUAUAAUAAGAAAAACUUGCAGGGUUUGGUGCGGUUGCAGCCAGGAGAGAAGACGUAAAUAUGCCUACUCCGUAUUUUACCCUGGAUGCCCAACUGAGGUUCCAUGACAAAUGGCUGAAGAUAGACUUGCAGCGAGUGUUCUCUCCAGAAGGGCUGAGUGAGAUGUGGAAUGAGAUGGUGAAGGAUGAAGAGAUCACUUUCAAUGGAGAAGAAUCGGCUCACCCAGACUGCACUGAUUGCUUCGGUACUCAGAAGAAGGAUGAAUCCAACGAUAAAGAGAAGAAGGAYGAGGAGGAAGUGUCGACAUCUGUCCAUCACUCUAUCAUCGAGACGUGGGACUGGGGACGGCAGCCAGGUGGGUGGGAUCUGUUUAUCCUGGACAGAGCUGAGUAAACACGUUCUCUGUAAAUGGUGACUUGACUUCAGGGUCGGUAACUUUCCAUGGGAAGUUGAGCCCUGGAAUUUGGGGAAUUUUGCUAAAAUUCAUUAAAAAAAG